AGUCAGGUUUAGUCUUUUAAGCCAUAGCCAAUAAUACACUAAUUGCAGAGACAGAGGAAGAGAGAGAGAGAGGAAACAGCCAUGUUUUGAGGAAGGAGACAUGCAUCAUCAUCAUCAUCUCAAGCUUAUUACUUAACUUCUCUUUCUCUCCAUCUUUUACCAAAUCUAAACACCUAAGGCUUGGUUAUUAGCUUAUUAAGAAGACAAUGCAAGUGUUUGAAAGGAAAGAUUCAUCGCGGUCUUCUUGGGGAAACUCAAUGCCAACAAAUUCAAACAUUCAAGGAUCUCAAUCUUUCAACGUGACAAGGGAUAUGAUGAUGUCUACACAAUUCCCCUCGAUGAAACAUUUGGGUUUGCAGCUGCAAGAUCAAGAUUCAUCCUCAACGCAAUCUACCGGAGAAUCUGGAGGUGGUGAAGUUGCAAGCUUUGGAGAACAUAACCGUUAUGGAUCCAGCAGCAUUGUCAACACUAAUCUUCCAGGUUACAUUGAAAAUCAUGGAAAGACUAUUGAAAGCUAUACUCAAUCAACUACCACCUCGUCGAUGGUGUCUCAAGAUUCUGUGUUUCAUCCUCCACCUACUUCUGGUCUACCAUCUUGGUCUCUUCAAUGUGCUGAAACAUCACAUUUCGGUGGUUUCUUGGCUCCUGGAUAUGCAUCUCAACCAACGGUUCUGCCACAUUUAGAGAUGAUGGGUUUGGUUUCUUCAAGAGUGGCAUUGCCUCAUAACAUUCAAGAGAAUGAACCAAUAUUCGUCAAUGCGAAACAGUACCAUGCGAUUCUUCGUCGCAGGAAGCAUCGUGCUAAACUCGAAGCUCAGAACAAACUCAUCAAAAGCCGUAAACCUUACCUUCAUGAGUCUCGCCAUCUUCAUGCUUUAAAGAGAGCUAGAGGCUCUGGUGGGCGUUUCCUCAAUACAAAGAAGCUUCAAGAAUCAUCAAACUCUCUUUGUUCUUCUCAAAUGGCAAAUGGACAGGAUUUCUCAAAGAGCCCUCGCGGUGGUGGAAGCGCAAUUGGUUCUAGCUCGAUCACACCGAGCUCCAAUUCAAACCGCAACAUGUUCCAAAACCCACAGUUCAGAUUCUCAGGGUAUCCAUCAACGCACCAUGUCUCAGCUCUCAUGUCAGGUACUUAGAGACAUCUGAGAGGAAUUCUGCUAAACUCCGGCGAAACGGGAAGUCAUCCUUGGCUACAAAUUGUUAUUGCUUCUUUACAAAGUUUCUGCCUUCAAAACUUGGAUAUUAUCCUCUGCAAUAUCAAAAACUUUCAAUUCAUUGUCAAACUAUUUUGUUAUAUUACAUUACCAAUUCUCUUACAUUACAAAAUAAGCAUUACCCUA